AUGGAGCCUGUACGUGAAAAAGCAUUUCAAGAUUAUCGUAAAAAACUAAUGGAGCACAAAGAAGUCGAAUCGAGACUCAAAGACAUGAGAGAGCAGUUAAAAGACCUCACAAAGCAGUAUGACAAAAGUGAAAAUGAUUUAAAGGCCUUGCAAAGUGUUGGCCAGAUUGUUGGUGAAGUAUUGAAACAACUGACGGAAGAGAAAUUCAUUGUCAAGGCUACAAAUGGUCCUCGCUAUGUAGUGGGCUGCAGACGUCAGUUAGACAAGAAUAAGUUGAAAGGAGGUACUAGAGUAGCACUAGACAUGACUACACUCACUAUAAUGAGGCAUUUACCGAGAGAGGUGGAUCCUUUAGUAUACAAUAUGAGUCACGAAGAUCCAGGUGAUGUCACUUACUCAGCUAUUGGAGGUCUACAGGAGCAGAUCAGGCAGCUGAGAGAGGUUAUUGAACUGCCACUCCUGAACCCAGAAUUAUUUGUGCGUGUGGGCAUCACCCCACCCAAAGGAUGCCUUCUAUAUGGACCCCCAGGAACUGGAAAGACUUUGCUUGCUAGGGCUGUUGCUUCACAACUUGAUGCUAACUUCUUAAAGGUAGUGUCAUCUGCAAUCGUGGACAAAUAUAUAGGCGAGUCAGCUCGUCUCAUUCGUGAGAUGUUUAACUAUGCAAGAGACCAUCAACCGUGUAUCAUAUUCAUGGACGAGAUUGAUGCUAUUGGUGGUCGUCGUUUCUCGGAAGGUACCAGCGCCGACCGUGAGAUUCAACGAACCCUCAUGGAGCUAUUGAACCAGAUGGACGGCUUCGACUCUCUGGGUCAAGUGAAGAUAAUCAUGGCUACCAACAGGCCUGAUACCCUCGACCCGGCUUUACUGAGACCCGGACGUCUCGACAGGAAGAUUGAAAUUCCAUUGCCUAAUGAGCAAGCUAGACUGGAGAUUCUUAAAAUCCACGCGGGGCCCAUCGCUAAACAUGGUGAGAUGGAUUAUGAGGCGGUGGUGAAACUAUCUGACACAUUCAACGGAGCGGAUCUUCGGAAUGUCUGCACUGAGGCUGGCCUCUUUGCUAUCAGAGCAGAGAGGGAGUAUAUUAUACAGGAGGAUCUCAUGAAAGCGGUGCGUAAGGUCGCCGACAAUAAGAAACUCGAGAGCAAGUUGGAUUACAAGCCUGUUUAA